CCCAGACAGCAUGGACCUCACUCUUCUGUGGGUGCUUCUGCCACUGGUCACCGUGACCUGGGGACAGUAUGGUGACUACGAGUACCCAUAUCAGCAGUACCAUGAAUAUAGUGAUGAUGCGUGGGUGAAUCUGAACCGGCAGGGCUUCAGCUACCAGUGUCCCCAUGGGCAGGUGGUGGUGGCCGUGAGGAGCAUCUUCAACAAGAAGGAAGGUUCUGACAGACAGUGGAACUACGCCUGCAUGCCCACCACUCAGAGCCUGGGGGAGCCUACGGAAUGCUGGUGGGAGGAGAUCAACAGGGCUGGAAUGGAAUGGUACCAGACAUGCUCCAACAAUGGACUGGUGGCAGGGUUCCAGAGCCGCUACUUCGAGUCAGUGCUGGAUCGCGAGUGGCAAUUUUACUGUUGUCGCUACAGCAAGAGAUGCCCAUAUUCCUGCUGGCUGACAACAGAAUAUCCAGGUCACUAUGGUGAGGAAAUGGACAUGAUUUCCUACAAUUAUGAUUACUAUAUACGAGGAGCAACAACCACUUUCUCUCCAGUGGAAAGGGAUCGCCAGUGGAAGUUCAUAAUGUGCCGGAUGACUGACUACAACUGUGAAUUUGCAAAUGUUUAGAUAUGCAACCUACCAAUCUGGGUGAAGGGAAGGGGGCCAGGAGACCUGAGGAUGUCCACUUAUGUUAACAUCGGUUGGUCGGGACUCCUAAAUGGUUUCUACUGCUCUCUUUUCUUCUCCCUGAGCUGGUUGGUAGUUGCUAUGCCAGCUUUCUGGGCCCUUCUGACUAGUAUCACACUUGCAAUAAAAUCCACAGUUUCUCACUUUCAA